UCUGAACGCAAGACUGCAGCAUCUUCACCGAGAGAACGAGCAGGACAAAACGUCUCUUUCUCCGUGUCUUCCUCCAGCUCCGAGUGUCCGGACUUUUCUCACCCACCCGUCACCCCCGGGUGUCUUCACGACUGGAGCCAGGAAAGGAUAAGAAGAGAGAAAUUAUAAUAGCCUCAGAAUCGGAUUUUUUUUUCUUUCUAUUAUUAUCAUUAUUAUUGCUUCACCGAUCUCCCGUUCCUUUCUUCUUUCCUCGGUUGAUUUCGCCUCUUCGCGCUUCGGUUGUGUUUUUGUUUUGUUUUAUUUAUUGUUCCGUUUCGCUGGCUAUUGCAGAGGAGCGCCACCAUCCUGUACAGCCCGACAUGAGUACUGGUUGCAGCGGAAUGAUACACAUAUCCUAGCCCACUUAUUUGAAGGUUGAUGGAACUGUGACGCUCCAUUUGCACGUUUUGAGUAGCCUAGAAGACACUCCAUCUGCAGUGGUUUCCUAUUUUUCCCUCUCUGAGCCGCUCCAGCGUUUCUUUCUUUCUGUUCCUGCGCAGCAUCUCUCUGUACGCACGGCGCACCACGGAGAAACGCGCAGCUAACCUACCCCGUUCGUAAGAAACAGGCGUAUUUUCCAAUUCCUAAAUCGCUUUUGCCCUCUCCAAGGACUCAUCUACACGGCUACGCUGCGUAAAAAAACGGAAAGGGGGGAUUUAAACGCAAACGCAGCCUAAGCAUCCAAGAGCAAGCUCGAAAAUGAUGGCCGGCGGAGCAGUACAGCAAAACGGCAUUUUCUCAAAUCCUCACCAUCAUAAUCAGCAGCCACACAUGGAGUCCGAUCCCCCGGACUCACGUAAAAGACCCCUGGAGACCCCAACGGAGGCCAGCAGCACCAAACGCACAAACACGGGAGUGGCCUUCCUGCAGCCCCUAUUUGAAACUGAAGGCAUUGUAUUCCCUCACCAAGAAACUGAGACUCAUGAGGAAGGCGAGUACUUCCUGAAGGUUUUGAUUCCCAGCUAUGCGGCGGGUUCAAUCAUCGGGAAAGGAGGUCAGACCAUCGUCCAGCUGCAGAAAGAAACUGGCGCCACCAUCAAAUUGUCCAAAUCCAAAGACUUCUACCCCGGCACAACAGAGCGUGUGUGUCUGAUCCAGGGGACUGUGGAGGCGCUGAAUGGCGUCCACGACUUCAUCGCUGAGAAGGUGAGGGAGAUGCCUCAGAGCACCCAGAAGACAGAGCCGGUGAGCAUCCUGCAGCCGCAGACCACCGUCAACCCGGACCGCGUCAAACAGGCCAAGCUGAUUGUCCCCAACAGCACAGCAGGGCUGAUCAUCGGUAAAGGCGGAGCUACAGUCAAGGCAGUGAUGGAACAGUCUGGGGCGUGGGUCCAGCUAUCCCAGAAGCCAGAAGGUAUCAACCUGCAGGAGCGUGUGGUCACCAUCAGCGGUGAGCCCGAACAGAACCGGAAAGCAGUGGAGAUCAUUGUCCAGAAGAUCCAGGAGGACCCGCAGAGCUCCUCCUGCCUCAACAUCUCCUACUCCAACAUCACAGGGCCCGUCGCCAACUCCAACCCCACCGGCUCACCGUACGCCAACUCAACCGAGGUCAUGCCAGCCGCAGCAGCCGCCGCAGCAGCUACGGCUUCUUCUCUGCUCGGCCAGGCAGGCCUGGCUGGGGUCGGCGCCUUCCCAACCACUAUGUCCAGCCUCUCAGGCAACGACUUGCUCGCCAUCACGUCUGCCCUCAACACUCUGGCCAGCUAUGGUUACAACACCAACUCUCUGGGCCUGGGGCUCAAUCCUGCUGCUGCCUCAGGGGUUUUAGCCGCUGUAGCGGCUAACGCCAACCCAGCAGCUGCUGCCGCAGCUAAUUUGUUAGCAUCCUAUGCCAGCGAUGCAUCCACCAGCGCUGCUCACCCUGCAGCCAGUCUUGGAGGCUUCUCCCUGGGAUCCCUAGCUGCCGCUACGGGGGCCACCAAUGGCUACUUAAGCGCUGCUUCGCCACUUGUGGCAUCAUCUCUACUGGCCACAGAGAAGCUAGCAGAAGGAGCGAAGGAAGUGGUCGAGAUUGCUGUGCCAGAAAACCUAGUGGGAGCCAUCUUGGGGAAAGGAGGCAAGACGUUAGUGGAGUACCAGGAGCUGACCGGCGCCAGGAUCCAGAUCUCCAAGAAAGGCGAGUUCAUUCCUGGAACUCGGAACAGGAAGGUGACCAUCACAGGUUCCCAGGCCGCCACGCAGGCUGCACAGUACCUGAUCAGCCAGCGAAUCACCUACGAGCAGGGGGUGCGCGCCACCAACCCACAGAAGGUGGGCUAAACCUGACAGCCAAUGAGAAACGAGGAGGAAAAGAGGAAAAAAAAAAAGAGUGGGGGCUUGGGGGAGGAGUAUAAAAAAAAAGUGAGAGUGAGAAUGGAAAAAGGAGAGGAGAGCAAGAAUGUCGGAAGGAAUCGUUCGCACCGUUUUCUUCUGCGUGUUUUCAGUAUUCUCUAUUAAAAAAAAUUUUUUUGACGCAAGGCAAAAAUGUGCUGAGAAGACGAGGAGGGAGAGGAGCGAGUUAUUACGCUGAAAAACCAAGAAAAAAAUGUGCAAAAUGUAAAUAAGGUUUUAUUACUUAACGUCUUGACCUUUUGGGAUUUUUUAUUGUUUUGUUUAUUGUUUUAUUGUUUUGUUCCGUUUAGUAAAUUAAGCUGUCUGUUUGUGUAUUGUAUGGACAGAGCUGAAUGCCAUGUAGACAGGCCGACUGUCUGAGAGGCUACAGGAAGCGGGGGGACGGAGGGGAGGGCAUGGGUGCGGCGAGGGGGAGGGUUGGCGAUUCCAGGGUACAACCCUCCACCGGCCCCGAACCCAAUACAGAAACAACCCUCACCCCUCCGUCCCCCUGCAGCCCACACCCAUCACCCUCCAGUAGGGUUUUUGUUUUUUCUUCUAGGAGAUUUGCCCCAAACCCCUCGCCCCACCUCCCUUGAAUGCCCCUCUCACUUCUUACCCCCCUGACGUGCCCCUCCCCCUUUUGCAAGGGUUUUAUAACAAACAAGACUGCAAACUUCAGCCUGGUGUGUGAGAGAAGAAAUGCCCUUGACUCCUCCCCCUCAACACCUUCUAUUAUCUCUUCUGCAUAUGAUCUUACCUCCCUCCUUCUCCCCACCCCCCCGCGGUCUGGGAGACGAAGGAAGGGUGAGGUGAAAUUGGGGAGAGGUGUGGGGAGAGAGAAUCAGCCGGGCCUUUUUCUUUUCUUUCGCACACCUUCCUGUACCUGUGAUGUGUCCCACAAGCAGUGCAGCUCUGCAGGGGUGUCACAGCAUGUGACGCCCUCCCCACCCCACCCCACCCCCACGUGGCUCUAAUGCUUCAGAUAGAAAGGCAAGGCGCACGCUGAUGACCUCACGUAGUGAAAACCCCAGAAACGGCAAGAGUGAUACUGCGCAGGCUGCAGCAAACACACAGGAUCUAUGGCAUUUUUUGCAGUCUGCUGUGAUAAUUCUAUUAAUGAUAUUGUCGAUAUAGGAAUCAUCACCAUCGUCAUUAUUUAUUAAUGAGUUCACCCAUAUAAAGCUCAGUUGUCUUUUUGUUUUUAAUCUGUGAAUUCAGGUUGACAUGAAUGUAAAUGAGACUAUUUUUUGAUUUGAAUCUUUUGUUUUAAUUUAAGUGAAUUGAAGAUGAAUAGUAAUGUCACAUAGUGUAAUAUAUGUCUUAUUUAAGUCCAGUAAGAAAGCCACCCCAGGCAUUAGGAUCAUUACAGUGAAGGAUCACUUCGUAUAUCCAGUCAAAGGCCAGACCAGAGAACACGCACACACGUUUUCACACUGAAACAGAACCUUAUGAUGCCAUAUUUGGUGCUAGAAAAGGGAAAUCACCAUAUCUAUGAUGCAGACUGCAGUAAGACUUUAGUAAGAUUAGCCAGAAAAACUCCAAACCUCUCAUACCACAGGCUGCAGUGCAGCUGUAUUAACCUACCUGGUUAUCAUGCUUAGCUCCUAGCUCAUGCUGCAAAGGAUCACCACUGUUUAUAUGCCCUGUUACAUUUUGCCUGCGUUGUAAAGUUGUAACUAAAAUGAAUAAUUCAGUUGAACUGAGACUAAUUCUCGGAUAAACUGCUGCUCGGCCUGUGGGCUCCCAAACCCUCCAGAUUAACCCAGACCACAGACUAGAUAGAGCAAGAGCACUUAAGACUAACAAGAUACUACUGAGAAACGCAAACACUUAGGAAACGGAGGAAACACUGAAACGUGACGUGAGGGAGCGUCGUUUGUCUGGGGUCCACUGCUGAAUCUGCAAGCCUCGCUGGCAGAUUUGCUAUUUUAAGUCAUCUUGCAUAUCAGUAAUGGAGAUAAAUAGGCUCACUGACCUUUGCCCCUAUCAUGCAACCGUCCAACUGCCAAUGAGAUGAAGGGCAGACGAGAGAUUUUUAACAUACGUCCAGGGAGCUGAGCUCAUUUCUGCCUCCGGCAAAGCUGUAGGUCUCCCUCGGAAACGGAUUUACUGCCCACUGUAGACCCACGAGGCUGCUGAAGAUGCUGUUGUUUCUUCUGUUGUUGAUUUUUUUUUUUGUUUGUUUGUUUGUAUCGUGUUAUUUUUGUCUGUUUUUUAACAAUCGGAGUACACUGAAUUUUUUUGUCUUAAUGCACUGUGAAGCGAGGGAGCGUUUCUCUCGACCUGUGAGGUCAGGGAUGUGUGCUGUAGAUGGCAUCGUUGACUGGAUGGUUUUGUAUGGCAGGGAAAAAAAAAAAAAAAUACACAUAUAUGAAAUAUAUGUAGAAUGCAUAUGAAGAACUUCACCGGAAAUGCACAUCAUAUCUGAAUAUUGAAGGAGGAGAAAGAGACUAGGUCGAUGAAGAGGAUCAAUCAAUUGAGGUCACAAGUUGAGAUCAAUUAGAUCCCACUUACCUGCUAUCCUGGGAAAGUGUUUUGUAAUUAGGGGGCAGGAUGUUGGGGGAGUGUUAGGUGUCCAAUAGCAGGUUAAAGAGACUGGAACGAAUUCUAAAUUGAGUAUCCUACCGUAGCUGUGUCUUUUUCCCACAAACGGUUAAAUUAAUAAUGUGCUGCAUAUCCAACAGGCAAGUCCCUGGACAGAUACUUAAUUCUAACAGUAGCUGAAGUAUGACGGAAUGUAAAAGGCCGAAAAUGAGGAGGGGGUGCAUUUGAUUUACUGACCUAAAAGCCUGGUGAGGGGAGGGAACACCUCUAAGAUUUAACAAACAGACCUUUUUGAUUCUUUUGAAACCAAUCCGACCCAAAAUCCUCCGCUGUGCUUUUGAAUGUGUCACUCUCUGUUGGAGCGCCAGUGAGGGUUUAUCUCCACAGCUUGGUAAGGAGGCUUCUUUACUCCCAUCUAACACCAUCCACACUCUCCUCACCCUCCCACCCGUCCUCAGUUUUCCAGCGCACUCCCAUCCUGACACCCCCUCUCCUCCUACCACAUCGCUCCAUGGGUGACUAUGUCUGGUGUUACGAUCAAUGCAUGUCUGCUGCUUGCCCCGACAAACGCCACAGAUCGAGUCUCUGCUCUCUUUGCCUCCUCGGGCAGCUGAGGCUCAGGCCACCUAAUGCAACACCAUCAGGGAACAACCACACCGGAGCAGGAAGUCGUAGCUGGCAGGGCGCAGUGCAUAAACACUCUUAUUUGCAGUUUGCAUUUCAUGAUUGCUAGUUUGGAAGACAUCGCACAAACACAAAACAUACACAUAUUUUGAGGGACUGAAGGGUUUGACUGGAUUUUAUGGCUAAACCUCAUUAAAGGUCACAGGAAGAUAGUGAACUUUUGCUCUACUCCGCAAAUAUACUGUGCUGUAGCUGCUUUCUAUUUGACUUAGUGAAAGUUAGGCCUUCUUUGGGGCAGGUAGACUAAUUAUGGGCUUAAUAAUUUAUCUGUAUCGUUAGAAAACUAAUACGCUUAGGCUCGUUUGUCAGUGUUUAGUCAAUAAAGUAAUUAUUCGGGUCAUUUAAAUUAAGAUGUUGAAUUAUAAUGACUUUAAAGUUAUGAAAGUAGUCACAGGUUAAUACCUUUUGUUGCCAUUUGCUGCUCCUCGUCCUUUGGAAGGCGUGCGUGCAGCACAGUAUGUUUGCAGUGGCAAAGCUGCACUGAAAUCUCUCUUUAUAGGUGCCAUUUGAUUUAAUUAUGAAACUCUUUUUCAUCCCAUUAAUUCAGCCGUAGGAUGACUUGUGUUUUACACAGCAGCGAAUCUCUUUAGUUAUGGUAACGUUAGGGGGUCGAGAUCAAAUGUGACAAAAGUACCGGAAGCAAUACGUGUUGUGUUGUCCUGUCCCUUAUCCUCUGUGUGCCGUAGGAGCUUUUUGGAUUUACCUGUAGAUGUUGAGUAGGUUUACACGAGUAAAGUUUUUUAAAUUUGUGGAAGAUGCUGCUAUUUAAUAAUAACAAAACAAACAAAAAAAAAAUACACGGUAAAAACAUAUCGAAAGCUGUCCUUUAGCUGGAGAGGCUAGUUUCAAGCGGCAGUGUAAUACAUGCUCUGUUAUAAGCUGACAAUAAGUUAAUAACAGCAUAAUUCUAACCUGAACAAGUGAAACCUGUGCCAAAAGAGUUCAACUGUAAAUGUGUUGAUUUAAACCACAUUAGGUAAGAGGAGACAUACUUUUAUAUUAAGAAAAUGUGAAAAGUGCCAAAUGAAGCAUAUUUAUAAUUCAGUGCGUAGGAAAGGGGUCGACCCCGUGACAGUUUCUAAGAACUAGGUAGACUAACAGACAAAGCGCUUCAGUCUAGCAGUUUGCUCGAUCCCUCUUCGUUCCUGCCACAAGACGAGGGACCGCCACGUUAGCCGAGUGUUAGCCAGUCCUCCGGGAGCUACUCUUCCCAGGAUGCAACAGCACUAUGACUCUGGGGCUAGGUGUAUCAAUAUAGGCGAUAGGUUAGCAUAAUAUUGCUAAAAAAAAUGUGACUAGAUAGCAUUCUUAAAUACAGCCUUUUAUAGUUACAAUGAAAAUGUAUUUUGUGGAAAUAGAUGUUAUCUUUUUUGCACGUCUUAUUGCAUGAUAUCAAAGUGAAGCGUGGACAAAAAAAAAAAAAAAGAAAAAAGAAACAAAAAAGAAGUGACAAAAAAAAAUAAAUUUAGGCAGUGUGUGUUGUUCAUUUUUCGGAGACAAAUCUUUGCAUGCCGAUAAGGGUCGAGCAUUUUGGUAUUGUUUUACACGCGUUCAGAUGUUUGUUGUUUUUCGAUGCGGUCGUGUUACGUCCCGGUCCACCUGCCGCAGGUGAGGACCGUGUUUGAUUUCAAUGUCAUGACCGAAUGAGUAUUUUGUCGCUAAGCUGUCUAACCUUCCUCAGAGGGACACGAACAAAAGCCCGAGAACAAACCUAAGACUAUUUUGCUACUUGUUGAGCGAGCUUGGACUAAACAUUUCUCAGUUCCUGCUUUAGAAACAAUUUUUUUUUUUCAAAAAAAGUCUGGAUUUAUUUUCAAAUAUUAGACUGAGAUUGUCCAUGAAUGUACUCACCUCUCCAUAAGUUUGCAUAUCACUCUUCUGACCACUGGCGUGCAGUAGAGGCUUACAUGUGUUUUAGUGUGUCUUUGUACUCUAACCUUACUAACCCCUUGACGCACUGUGUCAAGCUCUCAGUAUUAAUAUGUUGUCUGUCCUUUGAGCCCCCCACCCCCACCCCCCACGCUCUGAGCUCUGGCUUGUCUUGUCAUUGAAAUGCACCUUAUUGACCUCAGAUAUGACAUGGAGCAUGUCCGGCCCCGCCCCCGCGUGGUCGGGAGAGAUUCAUAAAGAGAGACGGUGUGUGAGAAAGAGGAGAAAACUCCCCUUCCUCACUUUUAGAUCCAAACUAACACACAAACACGGGGCUGUGUGCUCGCACUGCCCGCCUCCCUCGGGUGCCUCGCUGCAGAAUUUGGGACAGAUUGUGUUUUCGCUCCCUUAAUAUGCAAUCCGCGGCACUGAUCUCGGGGAGAGGAAAAAAAGCACGCUGAGCGUUGCCAGUGUGCUUUUUUUUUAAUGUUUUGAAUCCUGAGCCCUCUCUCUUUCUGUCUCUCUCUGUCUUUAGUUUCCCAGUUCAGUUUAAUUAGAUGCUAUCGGCUUCAGUGUCAGGCGUUACUUCUUUUUUGCUUUGGCGCAGUCUCUCUGGAUUUGCAGUGCGGUCAUGCUUCGUAUACUGACAGAUGUUGUCAUGGGAAAUGGCCCGCUGCUCACAAAACUAACCGAGAAGGGGAAAAGAUCAGGAUUUCCAUUAUUGCUCCUUAGUGACACAUUUGCACUAAACCUUCUGCUGUUACAGUGCAUGGCAAGCCAAGCUGAGGUGGGGGUCAGUGUGCAAGACUACUGUAGAUGGUAGCCUUACUGUAGGUGUUUAUUCGGCAUUGUAUUUAGAUGUGCAUGCUCCUCUCUCUCCCGCUCUCUGAGUGUGUCUGCUUUAGGCCAGCUCCGUGGUGUCUGUGUUGCGACGUAGCCAGCUAGCCAUGUUUUAUUCAUGUUUUCUUUGCUUUUGUUUUUACUGUGAUGUGUAGAGGAAUGCAAACUUAAUUCUAACCUGCUCGCCAGGUGACCUCAUCGCUUCUCAGUGGGUGUGCGGCUCUCCGACAUAGUCCCCAGAUCUUGUUUUCUGCCCGCUCCCUUCCACCGCCACGCCUACCUCCACAAACCCACUCUCACCCACACCCACCACUGACCUUCCCACCUCUUCAAACAACAUCUAAGACAUCUUUUGGGACCCCGCUCUUCCCCCUUUUUCCACCCUUCUUCCUCCCCCCAACUCGGGCCCCAUCGAAGCACCAGCAACUGUAGACUGCAUUUGUCAUAUCACUGUUUUUCUGUUCCUUCUCUCGUUUCUCUGUUUAUUUUUUUCCUGGGUUUGAUUUGUACUGUAUGCUCUAACCCAAACCAGUUUUAACAAAAUGCCAUUUUCUGUAUGUAGCCUGUUUACCCCCCCACCCCACCCCACACACGCACACACACACACACACACAAACACACACACAGUAUCCUCCAUGCCCUCUUUUUUUUGCACUUUCACUGCCCACUCCUCCUCCUCGCCCAAACAUACACACACUUUCCUCCUCCGCCUCCCACGAGUCUCUUCUCUCGAGUGCCAAAAUAGAACAGAGAGGAAAAAAAAGCAAAACAAUACAAAAAAAAAAAGACAACAACAACAACUACCAUUCCAAGCGUUUCUUUGAGUUGUUCUUGUGUGUCGGACAUCCAUCCUGGAAGCACCCAUGAAGCCAGCAUGCUCCGCCCUCAUAACAUGAUGUCGCUCAUGACGCCUCAACUGAACAGCACCUUGCCCCCCACCACCACCACCUCCUCCUCCUCCUCCUCCUCCUCCUCACCACCCCCACAGAGCUAAACCCGACAAGGAUUAACCCUUCUGCAGGUUGGCUACCUACCUACUGUCCUGCCUCUCAACCUACCUUAAAAAAAAAAAAAGCCCUACCGCUCAUGCCAGCUGCUUUCCUAAUUCUGUCAUUUCUUCAGCCUGUGGGACUUCAUUGAUUGUGUGCCAUAGUGUUGGGGGCACCUUUCACUCUCCUCACCUCCCCCUUCUUUCUAUACCCCCACCCCACCUUUCUCUCUCUCUCUCUCUCUAUAACCCCUCUCGCUCUUGCUCCAUUUGAUUUUUCUCGAUGGGAAAGAUUAAAAAACUCCAUUUUCUAAUGAUGAUUUUUUUUUUUUGUUGUUUAACAUCCAAACCACGCACGCCGACACAUGCACCGCCCCCAGUGCAGUGGUGUGGGGAGUGUUUACGCACCGUCAGCUGCGCAGCCAUCCUCUGUCUUCUUGAACUUUUUGAACUUUCACCCCCUCAUGAACUUUAUUGACCUUCUUCCUCCUCCUCCUACCCCCCUUCUGUGUUCAUCCAACUGUUUGGACGAUAACUCUCCAUUCCAUCCCCAAAAACCUCUCUGAGACUGUGCAAUGCUAGCUGAUAUGAUUGGAUUUUUUUGUUUGUUUGUUUGUUGCUCAUCAUUGGGGACAGUUCUCUGAGAUAUAAGUAAAAAAAAAAGAACAAAAAAAAAAAAACAUAUGAAAAGGAAGAAAAAAUAUUUUAAAAAAUGCAGACAAAAAAAAAAAAAAAAAA